ACCAUUUCUACAACACCAUAAGUCCAAAAGUAGGAGAACGAUUGCCUAUUUAUCGGUUGGCCUUGGUGACCAUCAAUUUUACCCGCUCAGUUGGACACCUCCUACAGGUAAUCCAAUUGGGACGGGGAGUCCGGGGCACGGGGUGUGGCAAGAUAGGAUUAACUAAGCACUAGGGAGAGAAAUCGAUCGAUGCCAUGGCUCUGAGGCAGAGCACGCAGCUCGGCGCGGCCACCGCGUUCUUCGGCGUGCUCUCCUUCGUCCUCGCCAUCGUCGCCGAGCUCAAGAAGCCGCCGUACGGGACACCGAUCAGAGGCGCGGACGUGGUCGUCUGCCGGUUCCCGCCGGACCCGACGGUGGCGCUUGGCGUCCUCUCGGCGCUCGCCGCCGCGUGCUGCGCCGGCAUCGGCGCCGUCUCCGUCUUCUUCCCCUACAAUGGCCGGCCCAUCCCGAGGAAGGCCCUCUUCGGCUACACCCUGCUCCACGUCUUCUUCCACCUCGCCAUAGGUGUCACGGUGGCCGGUGUGGCGAUGACGGUGUGGGCGACGGCGACGGAGGCCGUGCACCACGUCCGGAACGUGCACCGCCACCUCAGCUACGCCUGCCCGACGGCCAAGACCGGGAUGUUCGGCGGCGCGGCGUUCGUCAACCUCGACGCUUCGCUCUUCUGGCUCGUGACCAAGGCGGCGAGCAGCGCCGGUCCUGAGAUUUUGAGGGCCCUGGGCGAGAAUAAAAUUCGGGCCUUAAUAUAG